AUGUUCCUGGACAAAAAUAUUUUAGUAAGAGAACACGAAAUCUGUGAGGGCGACGACAAGAAUUUGCGCCUUUUAUUGCGGAAGUUCCAAACUUUCCUGGCGACACUUAUCCACAGGAUUUACGGACCCGGAGUCUAUGCUUGUCAUACUUUUCCUUCGAUUUUGGUUAAUCUAAACCAGAUAUUUUGGAAUUUACAUUCAGAUGAAACGCUGUCCGGAUCCCGCAAUUACCAUCUAAUAUGCCAACAGAUACAAUUUCGCUACAAUAUAUCUCGCCACUGUAACACCAUAUCUACUAGUUUCUCUACCCCCUUGGACCAAGUUUCGUAGAAAGGACUACACUUUCAAUAUGGAGGAGAGCUAUUUGG